AUGAGUUCACGGUACUCAGUAGGUUGAAGCAGAGGAGUUUCUGAAGUCUUUGUAAGAUUGAGGUUUGGAUCCAUAAGAAUAGAGCUAGGCUUGCACCCCAAAAGACCAGAAUCUUCAAGAAGAUUCAAAGCACACUUCCUUUGACAAACUGCAAUGCCUUCAGAAGAUCGUGAUAUCUCCAAGCCAAGGAAAAAGCGAGCUGAACCAAGAUCUUUAAUCUUAAAUUCAGAAUGGAGUAGGUCUUUCAACUGAGCCAGAGCUGCAUCAUCAUUUAUUGUGAUCAAGAGAUCAUCCACAUAGACCAACACAACAAUGAAAGAGGUUGAUGUAGCACGAACAAAAAGCGUAUUGUCUGCAGGCGACUGAACAAAGUUAGCACCUAACAGAACUGAUGAAAAACACUUGUACCAUUGGUGAGAAGUCUGCUUCAAUCUUUACAGUGACUUGCGCAAUCUACACACUGGAUUUGGUGGCAAGACAACACCUGGUGGCGGUGUAUAACCCUGAGGUAAGCUCAUGUAUAUCUCCUCAUCAAGAUCACCAUGGAGGAAAGCAUUAGACACAUCCAUUUGUGUUAAACUCCAUCCUUUAGCCGCAACAAGACUUAACAGCAACUUAACACUCGUUAGCUUCGCAACAGGAGAGAAAGUAUCCAUAAAAUCCAGACCUUCCUGUUAAGUAAAACCCUUAGCAACCAACCUCGAUUUGUAACGCUCACAGUACACACCGAAUUAUAAUUGAUGGUAAACACCCAUCUACAACCAACAACAUUCUUACCAGAAGGUAAAGAUUCAAUAUCCCAAGUCCUAUUUUGUUCAAGAGCAUCAAACUCCAUAUUCACCGAGACUUUCCAUUUAUCAGAUUUCAUGGCUUCUUUAAAGUUUUUGGGUUCAGUCUCAAGGGUAUAGGAGAAGAUAAAAUGUUGAACAAAAGGUUUAAAUUUGUCAUAAGAAACAACAAAAGAAAGAGGAUAUGGAGUUUUGGUCGGUAAGGGUAAAGGAGAGGAAGGAAUAGGCGGUAAAACAAAGCAAAUAGGAGGUGAAGGAAGAGGUAAAACAUGUGAAGAUGUAGAAGGUUACAAAGAACAGUGAUACUCAGACAAAUAGCUAGGGACUCUAGACACCCGUUUAGGUCUAUCAAUAGGAACAUAGCCACCACCAGUUUUAGUUACUAAAGAAUCAGAAGCAGGAACUGUAACAGUAUCACUAGUAGGAGAUGGAAUAACUGGAACAUUAACAGAAUCACUAGUAGAUGGAUGUGUACAAGUUUUAUGAGCAGGAGCUGAAAUAGGCAUUGUUUCCACAAAAUGCAAUGGAACAGGAAGCGGUAAAAACGUAUUAGGAAACAUAUCAACAGCCUGAGAAACUAGCUCACUUGUUUUGAAAGGAAAAUCAUUUUCAUGAAAUUGAACAUUCCGUGAGAUAGAGACAGAAUGAGAUUCUAAAUCUAACACUUUGUAACAAAAGACUUUGACCAAUCUUCUACGAAACAGAGUUCAGAAGCCAAGUCGCAAUCAUAUCGUUACAUCUUGACCACGCACCAUAGUCAUGAUGAUUCAAAGAAGGUUUAGCAAUCGUACCAUCAAUGAAUUCCAACUUGUUACGCACAUUCAACGCCAUUCGAAUCGAUCUCCUCCAAAAAUGAAACUCAGAUGCAGUAGUGAGACGAUCCGAAACUAAAACAAGACCAGGAUGAUCAGUAUUAUGAAGAUAAUAAGGAUUCUCAUACUGAUCAGCCUGAUAACGCGAGGGAUCGGAGAAAUCGACAUUCGCCGACGGUUGAUUCAACGGAUUCACAGAGCUAGGGUUCACCAUCUUCAAGAAAACACACUCAAAACGCAAGAGAGACUGGAAUCAACACUUCGCCCAGCUCAAUCAAAGAAGAUGAACCAAAAAGAAGUAGCAAAAGAGAAUCCGAAGAAGAAAAUCGCCAAGAACAGCGACGAAAUCAAAAACAAAUCGGAGAAGACGAUUGAUCGGAACACUCAUCGGAGAAUAAUGAAGCGGAAGAUGAAUUUGUUGUGCUCUGAUACCAUAUCAAUGUUCUUGAUUCUGAAGUAAUCGAAGAACGAAAGAGAGAAAAGAUUCAAAGCUUGAGAAGAAGAUGAAUGAAAUAGUUUGUUAGAUUCAAUCAACGUAACCCAAAAUUUGUUACAUGGUUCAAUAUAUAUAAACCCAUCUAUUCACAUAACUGGUAACAAUUAAACAUAAACCGGACUUAACCUAUGAUCAAGCUAAAGGAAACUUAACAAUAUGCCCCAGAUACUCUAAUAUAUAAUACGAAGAAUAUUUUUCUUAUUGUUGUUUCAUAACAUGCUGUUUAGGAUAAGUGUAGUUAAAAAAAAAACUUUCAACUAAUAUAUAAAGAACUACUAUUUUAUAACAUAUAUAAAAUAUGCUUUAAAAAAAUAUUUAAUUACAUUUUUCAAACUGUAACAAAAAUUACCGUUGUUAAUUGAAUAUGUUAUUUGCUUCAGCACAGAGGCGGACAUUUUUUAUUUGUCAAAGGCACAGAGGCGGAUCCAGUAGGCAUAGCAUGUGUCCCACCCUGACUUGUUGUUUUACUGUAAUUAUUGAAUUGUCUCUUAAUUAAACACUAGUUAUAAGAAAUAAUUGCAUGCUCCAUACUAAAAACAAUUCUGGAUCCGCUCCUCCUGAAGUGCACCUACUAUUCUAUGUUUUAUUAAAGUUUCAGUAUCCUUUAGAACCGGCCAUAAUCACGACUACACUAGUAAACGAUUGAAACGGCUGAAUUCAUACUAGAGUAGUUUCACUAAUCACUAUCAUUACGUAUUAAUGAGGUUCUUAUUAUGAUAGUUUAUAAAGCACAAACAAAUGAUAUAUAAGCUCCUGUAGACUCCGAUAUAUAGUUACGUAGUUGACUUGAGAAAUAAUUUGGUCUAUAAGUAGCACACACACAUUUUCUCACUAUGAGAUUAUCUUAUAAGACAAAAGUUUUAAGAAUCCUUCUUCACUCGAUCUUAAAAUCCGACAACCAAAAGCCUCAUCAUAAGCAUAAAGAUAAUCUUGAAGAAAAGUCAAUGUCUGGAAAUAACCAGUUAGGAGUGCUCAAGGCACUCGAUGUAGCCAAAACACAGCUUUACCAUUUCACGGCAAUUAUUAUCGCCGGUAUGGGUUUCUUCACCGAUGCCUACGAUUUAUUUAGCAUUGCAUUGGUCACAAAGCUUUUAGGUCGCAUCUACUACCACAAGGUGGGUGCAGAGAAGCCGGGAACACUCCCACCAGAAGUGGCGGCGGCGGUCAAUGGUGUUGCUCUAUGUGGGACACUUAUGGGUCAACUAUUUUUUGGGUGGCUUGGAGACAAACUUGGCCGGAAAAAAGUAUAUGGGAUCACUUUGAUUAUGAUGGUUGUUUGCUCUGUCGCCUCCGGUCUCUCGUUUGGAAAUAAUUCAAAAGGCGUCAUGACCACUCUUUGCCUUUUCCGGUACUAUAAAGAAAUUUAGCUAUAACUACAACUCGCGCAGAUGUAUUUUUAAAAAAGAUGGUGCUAUUUAUUUUUCAUGUCAUUAUUAGGAUUGGGCAAAAAAAACCGAAUCCGAAAAAAUUUAUUAUUAUUAACAUAUAUAUAUUAUUAAUAUGGGUGAAAAACUUUUAAAAUCUAGUGGAGUAUUGAAACGAAAAAACUAAUAAUUAUAUUUGAAAGCGAAUAGUUUACACUUCAAUAUGCUAAAAUUAUUUAUUGAUCUAAAUUGUGUAUUUUUGGCAACUUUGGAAAAAGUUUCUGGCUAGGAGUUGGUAUUGGAGGUGACUACCCACUCUCAGCAACGAUCAUGUCGGAGUAUGCGAACAAGAAGACCCGUGGUGGGUUCAUCGCGGCCGUGUUUGCUAUGCAAGGGUUUGGAAUCUUGGCUGGAGGCAUCGUUGCACUAGUACUCUCGAGUAUUUUUGAUUACCAAUUCCCGUCGCCCAUCUAUAGUGUAGACCCGUAUGCCUCGACUGUACCUCAAGCUGAUUACUUAUGGCGUAUCAUCCUUAUGAUUGGUGCUCUCCCCGCAGCGAUGACCUAUUACUGGCGAAUGAAAAUGCCCGAGACUGCUCGUUACACCGCUUUAGUUUCCAGAAACAUCAAACUAGCUGCACAAGACAUGUCGAAAGUCUUGCAGGUGGAUCUUAAAGCUGAUAAAGAAAUUGCUGAAAACAAGGCUACAGAUCCUAAGCUAAACUACGGCUUGUUCUCCAAAGAAUUUCUUAAGCGCCAUGGACUUCCUCUCCUCGGAACUACAUCCACCUGGUUCUUGCUUGACAUUGCGUUUUACAGCCAAAGCUUAUUUGAAAAGGAUAUAUUUUCUGCCAUCGGAUGGAUCCCAAAAGCGGCAACGAUGAAUGCCAUGCACGAAGUUUACAAGAUUGCUAGAGCGCAAACCCUCAUUUCACUAUUCAGUACCAUCCCAGGUUACUGGUUCACCGUCUUAUUCAUUGAUAUUAUGGGAAGAUUUGCGAUCCAGAUAAUGGGAUUCUUCUUCAUGACCGUGUUUAUGUUCGCUUUAGCUUUGCCUUAUGACCAUUGGAUCAAACCAGACAACCGCAUUGGAUUCAUUAUUAUAUUCUCCCUAACUUUCUUCUUUGCAAACUUCGGUCCGAAUGUAACUACAUUUGUUGUACCUGCUGAGAUAUUCCCAGCAAGGUUGAGAUCUACAUGUCACGGAAUUUCAGCCGCGGCAGGAAAGGCGGGAGCUAUCGUGGGCGCGUUUGGAUUCUUAUACGCGGCUCAGUCAAAGGAUAAGAACAAGACGGACGCAGGAUAUCCACCAGGUAUUGGUGUCAAGAACUCGUUGAUCAUGCUUGGAGUUAUUAACUUUGUCGGUAUGCUCAUGACAUUUUUAGUGCCAGAAUCCAAAGGAAAGUCUCUUGAGGAGCUUUCGGGUGAGAAUGUGAAUGAUGAGACGGCUUCAUCCAAGGCCAGUCUCUCCAGAAGAAACUGAAGGGAUACAGACUUGUGGCUUAAUCAAAAUUGUGUAGUUAUUUUUUUUUCAUUUGAUUUCAUGUAAAAUUUGUUGUUUAUAUUAUGUUAUAAUAUUUUUGGAGAAAUUACUUAAUACCGUAGGUUGGCUAAUACUUUAAAAAUACUCUAACAUUAGAGUUUAAGAUUUAAAAAUUAUUUUUAGAGUUUAGUAUUUAAGGGGUAAAGUUGGAUUUAUAAACCGUUAUAAAUGA